CCGAGAGAGCUGUAGAGUUAGUAUUGCGGAAAGCGUGAGUUUCCUGUCUACCUGGCGCGCCUGAUCUCGGUAGCACUCCUCGCUUCACCUCAAGUAGCCUUGAGUAGAAGCACGGAGGUGAGGCCGCCUGGAGGCGGGGCGACAGGGGCGUCUUCCCGGAGCUGCUCCGGGCAGUGGGCGAGGGAAGCCGCCGUGGAGGUCCAGGAUGGCGGAACCGGCGUCCGGACGCGUGUGGACCUCACAGGGGAAACAAAUGGAAGACCUGCCUGAUGCAGCUGUUUUGGCGACUAGACUUAAAAACACUCUCAUCCAGUACCACUGCCUUGAAGAUGACAAGUGGCGAGUUGCUAAGAAAAUGAAAGAUGUAACAAUUUGGAGGAAACCUUCAGAAGAAUUUAAUGGAUAUCUCUUCAAAGCCCAAGGUGUUAUAGACGAUGUCGUCAAUAGUGUAAUAGACCAUAUACGCCCAGGUCCCUGUCGCUUGGAUUGGGACAGCUUAAUGACCUCAUUGGAUAUUUUGGAGUACUUUGAAGAGAAUUGCUGUGUGAUGCGUUAUACUACUGCUGGUCAGCUUUGGAAUAUAAUUUCCCCAAGAGAGUUUGUUGACUUCUCCUAUACUGUGGACUAUAAAGAAGGGCUUUUAUCCUGUGGGAUAAGCCUUGACUGGAGUGAAAAGAGAUCAGAAUUUGUUCGCGGAUAUAACCAUCCCUGUGGUUGGUUUUGUGUUCCUCUUAAAGACAGUCCAAACCGGAGUCUUUUGACAGGCUAUAUUCAGACGGAUCUGCGUGGAAUGAUUCCUCAGUCUGCAGUAGAUACAGCCAUGGCAAGCACUUUAAUCAACUUCUAUGGUGAUUUACAAAAAGCCUUACAAAAGGCAUAAUAUGUUUAAACUUAUAGUAUUAUAUUCCCUGAAUCAACUCUCUCUCUUAGCUGCAUGGCCUGUAAAAAUCAUCCUUUCCUGUCUUCUGCAUAGCCUGUAGAAAAUUUUGAGAUGUUUUUGGUUUAUUUUAUUCCUAAAGUAAAUAGCUAUCUAGAGUGGGCAUUUCAGUUUUCCUAAACAGUUAUUUGCACAUUGUUUGGUAUGGUGAUAUGUCUAGGAAUGGAGAGUAUGACAGAAAUCCACCAAGAAGUAGAUAUAGUUCUUUGACACAAACUCUUAAGAAAUUGAAUAGUGCCUCAGUAUGAAUAUUUUGGCUACUUAGAAAUUAGAGAAAGCCAAGCUUCAUGCUGGUAGGUUAAAAUCACCUAUUUUAGAGCUUUAUGAACAUUCUGUAACAGUUUUAAUUUUGGGAGGAGUUAAAUAUUAAUGUUUUACUUCUCAUAUGCUCUAUGAGUUUAACAAUAUCUUGGACUAAAGAAAAAAAGCUCUUCUCUAUACUUUAUAAAGAUGAACUUCAUUGUCAGUUGACUUGUACUACUUUACCUAUUGAAAAUAUCAGAAGUAAGAAAAGAAUAGGUAUCAUAGUAAAAUGCAAUUCAGUUUUGAUACCUGGAUAGCAUUAUUUUGUAGAUAUCUUUAAAAAUAUAUUCAUAUCUUUAUGGGCUUUUAUUUUGAGAGUCUUAAAAGCAUUUAUGAAUGAAUAAGACAGUGUAAAAAACUGCCAGAUAUGUGCUGGGACACCACAUUGAUUGGACAGUAUUCUGGGUUAUGUGAAAUGGGUGGUGGUAUCCAGUACUGACCAAUAGAGAAUCAUCUCUCUAGAAAGUCAAAUUCAGUGAAUGUUUUAUACAUGUUUGAAUUUUAAAUGUGUCACUCAGCUCAUAAAGUAUAACUACGUCAUAAGCAUUCACAACUGUGAUGUAACUUCAGUUUGGAACUAGAACAAAUGCAUUCAUAGAUUUAUCUAAAUGUCUGGAUGAGUCAUUUUAUAACUAGAAUGGACUAUAAUAUGUCCCUCGAUUCUGUGGCUGCAUUAAAUGAACAUUCCUAAAUGAUUUUAACAUUCCAUAUGGUCUUUGGCUUUUGAACUAUCCACCUAGUUUACAUCUAAGAUGAGAACUUGAGGGAACUCAGUGUCCGUUCAAAUCUUUGUUUAUAUUUAUAUUUGUGUACAUGUACACAUCUUGAAAUCUGUUCCAGUGUUCAAUGUGUUAUUUAUGUGUUAUUAUUACUGUUCCCACUGUUUCAUUUUCUCUUCUUUUUUUUUUUUUUGGUUAAUAUGGGGUAAAGAGAGCUCUGGAAAUAGUAUUUACUAGAUAGGCCACAAAAAGCACAAAACUGUAUAGUGGUUCAAUUGCAUGAAGGUGUGAUCUGUGUUUUACUUUCCUGUGUUUUCCUGAGUGUAAAGAAAGCAUAACUCAUAGUUCUUCAGACCCAUUUUGAUAAAGUAGAAAAAGUAGAGCUGACUUAUUUUUAUUUUUUUUGGUGUGGAGAUGAUGUUCAAAAAAAGCAAAAGGUGGCAGCACCAUAAUAUCCAUAGUGAAUAAUCUCACAAAUUUUAGAUUGAAAAUAGUUUGUUUCAAGGUCGGAUAGAAGCAAUGCACAAACGAUCCUAUGUUCUUAACUUGAAAUUUAUUAAUCACCAAUAUGUUUUUCCAAAUUGACUAUAAUUUUUGAGCUGCUGGAUUUCUCUGCUACUUUUUUUUUCUUGCAAUAGGGAAAGAGAAAUGAGCAGUUUAGCUUUCAGUUUCUCAUGGAAAUUGUUAAAUGUUAAUUUUGACUCAAUCUAUUGUCUUUUAUUUGGUUUUAUUAGUGUAGAGCAGGAGGUUUCUUAUAUUCCAGUAUUCAGUCUAGCACGGCAAAAUACCAGCAGAUGUCCACUUAUAGGGUGCCCAGAUUGGAUAAGUUUGCAACAAGAUGUACAUUAUUACAAGGGCUGUUAUCGCCUGAGCUGGGUGCCACUAAUAAACUGUCUACUUUCAGCUA